UAAUUCUCCCUCCAUAUAAAUUUUGGCCGACCGUCGUGCUGUUCUUCUCGCACGGACUUCUGCAGGCGGCAAAUUCUCGCUAGAGCUCCUCAAGGCGGAAGCUACUUCGCUCAUCUUUUGGUAAACAUGUCUGGCUCAAGGAGGAAGACCAGGGAACCCAAGGAAGAAACUGUGACUCUUGGACCAGCUGUGAGGGAGGGCGAGCAUGUGUUUGGCGUGGCUCACAUUUUUGCCUCAUUUAACGAUACAUUUAUUCAUGUGACUGAUCUUUCUGGAAGGGAAACCCUUGUCCGCAUUACAGGUGGUAUGAAGGUGAAAGCUGACAGGGAUGAGUCCUCCCCAUACGCAGCUAUGCUUGCAGCACAGGAUGUUUCUCAGAGAUGCAAGGAACUUGGUAUCACUGCCCUUCACAUUAAACUGCGUGCUACUGGAGGAAACAAGACUAAAACACCUGGCCCAGGUGCCCAGUCUGCACUUCGUGCUCUUGCUCGUUCUGGAAUGCGAAUUGGUCGCAUAGAGGACGUGACUCCAAUUCCAACAGACAGCACUCGCAGAAAGGGUGGAAGAAGAGGAAGAAGGCUGUAAGCUUGCUCCUCCAGGAUUCCUCCUGGUAUGGCUGUGUCAGUGGUUUCUUUAUGGUUCUGAUGCUCCUCCAUAAUCUACCACCUGCCUUAGAUUUUCAGAACUCCACCAUGUUUUUUAUUAUUGUUUUGUCAGGGAUGUUUUAUCUUCGAUUUUGUUUUAUGUAGAACGGAAACCGUGGGAGAGUAAUUUUUGGCUUUAGUUAAACGAAUCAACACAAUUCCCUCUGGUCUUAUUAGUGACUGAAAACAGUGAUCGAUGUUGCCCAACUGCCAUGAAAUAUUUUAUUAAACGUAUUGUUAAGUUGAUUUAUGGCUAUCUAGUCGAAUUCAAUAUUCUUGCUA